CCACCGCUUCCACAACCUCAAAAGCUGCCUCGAGCCUCUGCCGGUCCCUGACUCCGAAAAGCAGCUUCUGGAGGCGUGCCGAAUCUGAUCCAAAGCUCCCUAGAGGUGCCAUCUACGCGUCCCAUCACCAAAGCCCCGUUUUAUCCGCUCGCAGACAGAAACAAAGCCCACCAUGCAGGCCCCUGUGUUGGUUAUGAACACCAAUAGCGGUGAGAGGCAGACUGGAAGGAGAGCUCAGAUGUCCAACAUUGCUGCCGCCAAGACCGUUGCCGACAUCAUUCGAUCAUGUCUCGGACCCAAGGCCAUGCUGAAGAUGCUGCUCGAUCCCAUGGGCGGUAUCGUCCUGACCAACGACGGCCACGCUAUCCUCCGAGAAAUCGAAGUCUCCCACCCCGCCGCCAAGAGCAUGAUCGAGCUCAGCCGGACACAGGACGAAGAAGUCGGCGAUGGUACAACCACUGUUAUUAUUCUAGCCGGUGAAAUCCUAGCCCAGGCUCUUCCUCAACUCGAGCGCAACAUCCACCCCGUGGUCAUCAUUUCCGCUUUCAAGCGUGCGCUGAAGGAUGCCAUCGAUAUCAUCGACGAGAUCUCCCUGCCGAUCGAUGUCAACGACGACGAUGCCAUGGCCAAACUCAUCUCCUCCUCGAUCGGUACCAAGUUUGUCUCCCGAUGGAUGGACCAGAUGUGCUCCCUUGCUCUAAAGGCCGUGCGAACCGUUACAUGGGAAGCUGGCAAUGGCAAGACCGAGGUGGACAUUAAGCGAUAUGCGCGUGUCGAGAAAGUUCCUGGUGGCGAGAUUGAGGACAGCAGGGUUCUGGACGGACUCAUGCUCAACAAGGACAUUACGCACCCCAAGAUGCGCCGACGCAUCGAGAACCCCCGAAUCGUCCUUCUGGACUGCCCUCUGGAGUACAAGAAGGGUGAAUCACAGACAAACAUUGAAAUCUCAAAGGAGGAAGACUGGAACCGAAUUUUGCAGAUUGAGGAGGAGCAGAUCAAGAUUAUGUGCGAUGCCAUCUUGGCUGUUAAGCCCGACUUGGUCAUUACCGAAAAGGGUGUUUCUGAUCUGGCCCAGCACUACCUAAUGAAGGCCAACAUCACAGCCCUUCGCCGAGUCCGUAAGACAGACAACAACAGAAUAGCCCGCGCUACGGGUGCCACCAUUGUCAACAGAAUAGAGGACCUUCAGGAGGCAGACGUCGGUACUCGAUGUGGUCUGUUUGAGAUUGAGAAGAUUGGUGACGAGUACUUCACUUUCCUCACCAAGUGCGAGGACCCCAAGGCCUGCACAAUCUUGCUUCGUGGCCCCUCAAAGGAUGUCCUCAACGAGAUUGAGCGAAAUCUUCAGGAUGCCAUGGGCGUUGCCCGAAAUGUCGUGUUCCACCCUCGGUUAUCACCUGGCGGUGGCGCCACCGAGAUGGCCGUCUCUGUCCGACUGGCUCAGAAGGCCAAGGGCGUAGAGGGAGUCGCGCAGUGGCCGUACAAGGCUAUUGCUGACGCACUAGAGGUGAUUCCCAGGACGCUGGUGCAGAACGCCGGCAAGUCUCCCGUCCGUGUGUUGACCGAGCUGCGCGCCAAGCAAGCUGAGGGUAAGAGCUCAUUCGGUGUCAACGGUGAUACCGGCGCCAUUGCGGACAUGAACGAGUACGGCGUAUGGGAGCCUGAGGCUAUUAAGCUGCAGAGCCUAAAGACUGCUAUCGAGGCCGCCUGUUUAUUGCUAAGAGUAGACGAUAUCUGCAGUGCCAAGACGCUGCAGCAGGGUGCCGCUCCCGGAGUUGGAGGCGGUGAUGAGUAACGAGCUGGAAUUCUGGUAUAAGAGAGGAAGAGGGGCAGAUAGAUACUGUCCUGAGAAGCCUUGAUCUGGGCGGACGGCACGCCAGAUUUGCUUGGAAAAGGCCAUACCCUGUUCUAGCCCUUGGCUGGGACGGACGUGGGAGCAUUUUCAGACGAAUCUAAAAGGGGACCAAAUUAUAUUUAAAAAAAUAGACAAUGGUAUUAACUACGAGCCGCUGGAAAAAAAGAAAAGGCGACGCAUAGAUCUAUGAAAUGGCACUCUAUACGGGUAUCACUGCUUCUAUCUAGUAUAUUAUUACAAGUUACCACCAAACUGUCAAAAGAAACAAUUUCGGAGCAACUCUCCUAUUUGCUUUCCCUGCUCUUCAUUUUUAGUCAUCGUCGUGG